AUGGUCUUGGAGAAAGAAGAAGACGCUUUAGAGCCCAUGAGUCCUUCUGCACAGUACUUCAACAGCUCAGCUCUAAACGUCUCCGUUCUUGUUGUUUUGGAGACUGAAGUUCCCCUUGAUGACUCAAAAACUAUCCCUUUGGUCAGGGAUGUUUUUCUCCCCAUCAACCCACGUUUCUCUUCCAUCAUGGUUAUUGAUGAGAAUGGAGAAAAAAGAUGGAAGAAGGUGGAAGUUGAGCUCCAAGACCAUGUUUAUGUCCCCAUUUUCCCAGAAGAAAUGUCACCACAAUUUUAUGACGAGUACUUUGAAGAUUACUUAUCAAAACUAUCAAUGUUACAACUUCCACAAAGCCAACCCUUAUGGGAAAUUCAUUUAAUAAAAUACCCCACCAGUAAUGCAGCCGGCACUAUAAUAUUCAAGAUCCACCAUGCAAUUGGAGAUGGUUACUCUCUUAUGGGGGCUCUUCUUUCAUGUCUGCAAAGAGCUGAUAACCCUUCUCUUCCCUUGACAUUGCCUUCUGUCCAACCACGCGUAGACACAUCUGGUGAUCAUCGUACAAUCUUUAAGACUGUUCCCAAGAUUUUCUCUUUGCUGUUCAAUACCGUGUCUGAUUUUUUAGGAAGCCUUAUGAAGAGCAGUUUAGUUGAAGAUGACUUGUCUCCAAUCCGAUCAGGAGAUAUUGGAAUUGAGUUUCGACCAAUUGCUCCUACUAGAAUGACAUUCUCUCUUGGUCAAAUUAAACAAAUUAAGGCUACUCUUGGUGUGACAAUAAAUGAUGUUAUUACUGGAGCAAUUUUCUUGGGAACUCGCUUAUACAUGCAAGAAAUGAGCAAAGGGUCAAGCGAUCAUUCAAAUUGUACAGCAUUAGUGAUGCUUAAUACAAGAAUGUUUCGUAGUUACCAGUCAAUUAAAGAAAUGGUAAAACCCAAAGCAGAAUCACCAUGGGGCAACCAUUUUGCCUUCUUGCAUGUCCAAUUACCUGAGUUGGUGGCCAGUACUGAGUUAAAUCCAAUAGAAUUUGUCAGGAAAGCUCAGCAAAUCAUCAAGCGAAAGAGAAGCUCUUUGGCUGUCUAUCUCACUGCUGCAUUCAUUGAGAUCGUGAAGAAAUUAAAAGGACAUGAGGUAGCUGCCCAAUGCAUUCAUAAAACAAUGGUGAACGCAAGCAUGACAAUAACAAAUAUGAUUGGCCCAGUGGAAAAGAUGUCUUUGGCUAAUCACCCAAUCAAAGGCAUGUACUUUGCCAUUGCUGGCAAUCCUCAGAGUCUUAACAUAACAAUUGUAAGCUACGUGGAUAAACUAAGGGUUACAGUGGGAGCUGAGAAGGGCUUCAUAGAUUCCCAAAAGUUGAAGUCGUGCAUAGAGGAAGCUUUCCAGAUGAUACUCAAAUCUGUUGCCUGUGAAAUUCAGCAAAAGAAUUGA